AUGUCUGCGUUUUCGAGCGUCCUCCUCUCACCGCUCGCUUCAUUCUUCUCCACGACGGAGGACAAAGUUUUCCACGUCGUCAAAUGCGUUUUGGCGUUCCUUUUUUUACUUCUUUGCGACCGAAUCUUAAAACAACACGAGAAGAAUGAGAAAGAAAAGAAAGCCAUCGGGGAACCGAUUGAAACGACGACUGAUGAUGUGAUGACGAUGAAGAAAGGCGAUUUGACCAGGAAAGAGUUGAAACAAUUCGACGGCAAAAGCGACGACAAAAAACCUUUUCUCCUGUUGGCGUGCAAAGGGACGAUUUUUGACGUCACGAAAGGACGCGACUUUUACGGUCCAGGCGGUCCGUAUAACUGUUUUUGCGGGAAAGACGCCUCUUUGGCGUUUGCGAAAGUAUCCACGAGCGAGGAACACAUGAACGCGAACUGUUCGAAUUUAUUCGCAAUGGAAGUGGACGCGUUGAACGAUUGGUACAGGAAGUUUGAGGAGAAGUACCCGGUGGUCGGGAAGGUGAGAGACUCGGAUUUCAAAGCGCCGAAGAAAAGGAAGAAGACGAAAGCGUCCUCGAAGUAG